GAAGUCCAACGUGGAGUCUCUUAGUGCGAUGAAGACCAAGAAGCUGGUCCAGCGGAGGAGGAACACAUGCCCCAGUCCUCAGGACAUCAGCAGGGCCCUGCAGGGCCCCAGCUCUGCUCCCAGUCCCAGCGCUCCCAGCUUGGACGAGCUCAUCCUGCGCUGCCUCAACUGCUUCGACUCAGAGGGCAGGACCUCCAGUCCCAGAGGGUCCCAGUUGGUCCACAUGACCCUGAUGAUGCACAGCUGGAUUGUCCCGUCCCAGACCUUCGCCCAGAAACUCCUCACCCUCUAUAAGGACUGUCCCCCAGAUAAGAGAGGCCUCAGGAGGACCCAGAUCUGCCACCUUGUCAGGCAGUGGAUGAGCCAGUUCCCGGGCGUUUUUAAGGAGGACCCCGUCCUAGAGCAGACCAUGGGGGACCUGUGUGAGCUGGUCCGACUGGACGGGGAGAAGACGCACUCGCAGCUCAUCAACACCUCCUGCCUAAGCCCUCAUGCCAACGCGUCCCAGGCUCCCUCGCCCUCGGUGAAGAAGAGGAAGGUGUCUCUGAUCUUUGACCACAUGGAACCAGACGAGAUGGCUGCACAUCUCAGCUACCUGGAGUUCAAGAACUUCUGUAACGUUUCAUUCCUGGAUUACCGCAGCUAUGUGGUGCGAGGUUCGGUCCGGGACAACCCUGCUCUGGAGCGCUCGGUCAUGAUGUGCAACGGGGUCUCCCAGUGGGUCCAGCUGAUGAUCCUCAGCAGACACACGGCCCAGCAGAGAGCCCAGGUCUUCACCAAGUUCAUCCACGUAACUCAGAAGCUGAGGGCUCUGCAGAACUUCAACACUCUGAUGGCGGUGACUGGAGGUCUGUGUCACAGCUCCAUCUCUCGCCUCAAAGACACGUCCAACCUGCUGCCUCCUGACAUCACAAAG